UAUUUUGUUGAUAAAUAGUGGCUUAUAACCUAAUUGGUUUAAAUUUGAUUACCUCCCUUGUGUUUUGUUACCUUGGCGAUCUCGAGAAGCAAAAUGGCUGCUGAUCCGGAGAAUGAAAAGUUUUACCUUGAACGUGAGCAAAUUACAGUGGAGUCAGAUGAUGAGUUUCAAUAUGAAGAAGUACCCAUUGAUGAAGAUUUUGUCACACCAGAUUUAGAGGAAGAUCUUGACCUAGCUGUAAAGACAAUUAGAGAAUACAAGGAAGAUGAACAAGCUACUUCUAGGAAAGAGACCACACAUAAAGCACAAGUCACUAAACAUCCAGAGGUUGUUGAUGAUUUUGUCAGGAAUUUCCUUGUCAGAAUGGGAAUGGAAAGGACCCUUGACUGCUUUCAAACAGAAUGGUAUGAGUUACAGCAGAGAGGAUUUCUCAAUGAGGAAGAUAUAGGAGUUGUACCUGACAUAUAUACACGUAACCAGAACUUGGACAGUGAAAUAAAGUUCCUAAAGGGUGAAGUGGAGAAAUACAAGGAUGCUGCACUGAAAGCCAAAGAUCUUUAUGUGAAGCUAAGGAAAGAGAGAGAUUAUCACCGUAUGCAUCAUAAAAGGGUUGUACAAGAAAAGAACAAACUUAUAACGGAUAUUAAAAGAUUGAAGCGUCACUAUACCCAAUAUGAGCCUACACUACAACAACUUAAGAAGAAAUAUGAGGUGGCAAUGAAGGAGAAGAUGUUAUCUAAGCUGGAGAGAGAUCGAGCAAUGGGUCAGGUGACAGGGCUACAGAGUACAUUGAAGAGUAUGGAAUCUUUUAAAGGAGGGUCUGUUAAAAUGGGUGAGCAGAGUAUGACAGCGUCAACUACACGGAUCUGUCAGAGAGGUGGAGUACCGUUGGACGCGGAUGGUAUAGGUCCCACCCAGCGAGUUCUUCAAGUUGAGCGUGACAUGGAUAUACAAGACAUACCUAAAGACUUUAAAAGGCAUCCAAAUGAUUCUGUGUUCCCUGCUGACAAGGGAAUUAAUCCAUAUAUUGGUAUGGCAAAGGCCCCGUCUGGCCAUCUAGCAAGAUCUGGUGGAUUUAGAUUGUCAAAUACAUUCCAAGCUCACUCGCAUCCUAUCAGUGGAUUAGCGUUACAUCCACGUAAGCAGAUAUUGGCGACCAGUAGUGAUGACAAUACUUGGAAGAUGUGGGCUGUACCAGGUGGUGAUAUCAUUAUGACAGGAGAGGGACAUACUGACUGGGUCUCAGAAUGUGACUUCCAUCCAUCUGGUACUAAAUUGGCAACAUCAAGUGGAGAUACGACAGUGAAGAUAUGGGACUUUUCAAAGGCAGAAUGUGUACACACUUUCACCGAUCAUACUCAUGCUGUAUGGUGUGUCAACUGGCACUCCUGUGGUGACUUCCUAGCUAGUUGUUCUAUGGAUAAUUCAGCUAAGAUUUGGGACUUGAAUAGUGUGAGAUGUCGUUACACACUGCGGGGUCACACAGACUCUGUGAACAGUAUAGAGUUUCUACCUUUCUCUAACACUCUCCUCACUUGUUCUGCUGAUAAAACAUUGUCACUCUGGGAUGCUAGAACAGGACUGUGUGCACAAUCAUUCUAUGGUCAUCUGCAUUCUGUUAAUUUUGCUACAUUCAACUUGAAGGGAGAUACAGUGGCAUCAUGUGAUUCGUAUGGUACAGUGAAACUGUGGGAUGUUAGACAAGGUGCACCGAUGGUCAGUGUAGAUUGUGGACCUCAUCCGGCCAAUAGAGUGGCCUUUGAUCCUGCAGGUCAAGUAUUGGCUGUAGCAAGCAAUGAUAGUACGAUCAAGAUGUAUGAAGUUGCAAACGGAAGGAUAAGCUCUCUGGUUGGGCACGAGGAUGCCGUGCAGUGUCUGAUAUUUGAUAGGACAGGAGAGUAUAUGGUGUCUGGAGGCAGUGACUGUACAAUCAGAAUAUGGUCCUAGGUUGCUGAACAGUCACAACAAAUUGUUUAAUGACA